AGGGCCCGGGGGGGUGGGAGGGGGCACUGACCCACAGGGGAGCGAUGGCGAAGGACCAUGUGAAGCCGCGGUUGUGCCACAUGAUCAGAGGGGAGAGCGGGUACGGUUUCCACCUACACGGGGAGAAGGGCAAAAGCGGACAGUUUAUCCGCAAAGUGGAGCCCGGAUCCCCCGCCGAGACUGCGGGUCUGCGGCCCGGAGACAGGGUCAUCGGGGUCAACGGGGACAACGUGGAGAAGGAGACGCACCAUCAGGUCGUGCAGCGGAUCAAGACCCUGGAGAAUGAGACCCGGCUGCUGGUGGUUGACAGGGAGGCGGACGAAUACCUACAUAGUCUGCGGCUGACAGCUAAAGAGGACUAUGAGCAGAGUCUGUCACAGGACAAGCCCAAGGAUAAUGGUGAGGUGUGGAAAGAGAAGCCAAUUCUGAGCCAUGGGGAGCCUAAGAGAUUAUCCAAUCGCUCCUUCAACAGCAUCAAGAAGGAGCUGAAUGGACAAACCAGCCAGUACUGCCCUCGUCUCUGUUGCAUGAUGAAAGGCCCAAAUGGCUAUGGUUUUAACCUUCACAGCGACAAAGCAAAGCCCGGACAAUACGUCCGAUCAGUGGAUCUUGAUUCCCAAGCAGCUAAGGCGGGUCUGCGUGCUCAGGACAGAGUUGUGGAGGUGAAUGGUUUGAACAUCGAAGGGAAGAAACAUAGUGAGGUGGUGGCUAUAAUCAAGGUCAGUGAAGAGGAAGCCAGGCUGCUGGUGGUGGACCCGGAAACUGACGACUAUUUCAAGAAGCUGGGAUUGACUCCAACUGAGGCGCAUCUGAGAGGUCCAAUGCCUCAGCCGCUCACAAACGGAUCCCAACGAACACAGUUCAAUGGAGAAUCUCCGUCAUCCAUCCACCGUGACUACUACAGCUCUGAAAAAGACACUGAGAAGAAACUGGGUGACGAAAGUGACCCUUUCCUUGAGAGCGGAUUGAAUUUAAGCCCCACGGCAGCCGAGGCCAAAGAGAAAGUGCAAGCAAAACGUCGCAACAAGAGGGCGCCCCCUAUGGACUGGAACAAGAAGCACGAGAUUUUCAGCAACUUUUAAGCCCAGUGGAAACCGUCUUGUGGAAGGAACUGUGUGUCUCCUUCACGCUGACUGUCAGAACAGGACAAACCCUGAGAGCGGGUGGCAAGAUCUAUUUGUUCUGUGACCAAAGCUUUACCAUUCUUUUCGCCCACAAAAUAUACACUUUACAGAAUAUUCUGUGAAGGGCUUU